AUGAAUCCCAUAGAUGAAGAAAAGAACUGGCUGACUCUUAACGUGGGACAAAAGCUUCAAGAUUCUUGUUCAAGAUCAAAACCAAUUUCAGGGAAGAAAUGCCAUUUCUGCAAGAGGAAGUUCUACAGCCCACAAGCACUUGGGGGUCACCAAAAUGCUCACAGAAGGGAGAGAGAUGCAGCAAGAAGAUACCACUCCUUUAACAUUGACACCAAGUUCCCAAUUCAUCGAACACUUGGUGUGCAUAGCUUCCAAAUAAACCAAUCACAAAUGAAGGGGGGCAAAUAA